CCCUCCUCCUCCCUCUCCUCCUCCUCCUCCUCCUCCUUCUCCUCCUCCGCCAUGGAGUUCCCCUUCGACGUGGCGGCGCGCCUCGGGGCGGUUGGGCGCCAGGAGAGGGGCCAUUCGCAGGCCGGCUGGACCGGGCCGUGCUCUCCGAGCCCGACGGCGCCCAGCUCCGCGACCUCGCCGCCGAGCUGCACAGGCGCUCCGCCAAGGCCCGGGGCGUGAAACCUUGCGACGAGAAUGACCAUCUCCUCGUGCUGCCGAGCUUGGGGGACUGCCAGGAUACGGACACGAUCGUCCUGCUCGCCGAGGGCCGCGACGUGCUCGCCUUUGCGCGCACCGGCGUCCGGGAGAUUUCAGUGCUGCCGCCAGACCCGCCCGGAGGGGACCAGCCAUCGGCUGGAUACCCUGCCGCCGCGCCGUCGGGUCCGCAGGGGUAUGCCGCGUGGAACAGCAGGCUACAGAAGAUCUCGCCGACAUGCCUGCUGGACCUCUACGUGUCCGAGGGCUUGCGCGGCAGGGGCCUUGGGGAGCGGGUGCUGCGCGCCGCCCUGGAGCAGGCCAGCCUCGCCGCCGUGGCCGUCGCCUACUACGACCCGUCGGCCGCCCUGCAGGGCAUGCUGGAGGGCCGCUUCGGGCUCUCGGGGGGCGGGGACUAUCUUCCACCAAGUUCUUGCUUUUUGACGGCUACUUCCAGGAGCACCCGGCCGUGGCCCCCGCCCUGGCCAGCAGAAGCACGCCUGCUGCCGGGCCCGCCGGCAGCGAGGCCGAGCCGGGCGCGCCGGGGGACGAGCCGGCGGUGGAGGAGGUGGCCGAGAUGGCCACGCUGGAGGCUGGCUCCGACCCGCUUGCGGUGUACAAGAAGGAGGAGGGCGAGAUCUUCGUGGAGCGCACCAAGCUGUUCUGCUUCAAUGCCGGCGAGUGGCAGGAUGCUGGCGCGGGUGAGGUGCACCUGCUGAGGCGGGCGGAGGGCCGGGUGCGUCUGCUGUUCCAGCAGGAGGCCACCAAGCGAAUAAUAGCGAACCAUUUCCUUGUCAACAAGGACGGCUUCUGCGAGCUGCAGAGGCACGCUGGAAAUGACAAGGCCUGGGUGUGGACCGCGCAGGAGCGUGUCAUCGAGCGCAUGUUCGCUUUGCGCUUCAAAACCGUAGAGCAGGCCGCCAAGUUCAAGGACGUGUUCGAAGAAGCCAAGAGAUCCAGUCCAGAUGCUCGUGGGGAUGACUAUGUCGUCAUCCGCAAGGUGGGGGUGACGGUCGCCCCCGAUGUGAGGUCACAGCACGUCAGGCUGCUCUCUGUGGGCGAGACGGUGAGGGUCGGAGAGGUGGUGUAUUCUGCUACCGACCAGCGAGUGCGGGGUCGGUUGACCCGACCAGCUGGGUGGAUAACAAUUAUCCAUUCGGCCGCGGAUGUCUCACAAUGUUGCCGAUGCUGCCAGCUAUGCUGUGAGGAGUUGCGACUUGGACGACUAUACUGCGAAGUCCCGUGGGGGCUCCACUGUCGAUUGAGGCUGCACUGGCCGUGGCGAAUUCUUGCCAGAGUAGAUGCGUGCAAAAUCAGAUGCGUGCGCGUUGGAGGCUGCACAGAUUGAACUUCGCUGCUAUCGCUAGACCAUCGUUGCACAUGCCGCCC